AUGUGUGUUUGUGUAUGUGUGUGUGUGAGUGUGAGUGUGUGUGCUGACAUCAGAUGCUCUUUCGCGACUCUUCUUCUCCGCCUGCUGUCUGUGUGUAUGUUGACAGUGCCUGAGGUGGGCGGGCGCGGCGCUGGCGCUGGCGGUGGUGGCGCUGCAGGGCUACACGGCGCGGCUGCUGGGGCGCAGCUGGAUGCUGGCGAGCGGGGCGCUGCCGCGCUGGACGGCCGCCCGCCGCCGCUCGCCCUACGCCGCCCUGGCGGAGCUGGCCUUCGGCGCCCGCGGCCGGCGCGUCGCCUCCGCCUUCCUGCACACCGCCGUCUUCGGCUCCUACGUCCCCGACCUGCUCUUCGGCGAAACGUCGGCACCCCAGCCAACGACGCGGCGUCUCCCGGAUAG